AUGGAGCGGCACGAAGAAAGAGUUUCUGCUAUCGCUUCGCGAGUCAAGCAGUUCCACGCCAGCAAUCGGCCGUUUCGCAUCUACCAUGGCUCCACGAACAGCACCAGGCAGUCCCAGCACUGGGAGGACAACACCGUUGAUGUUAGUAAGCUGUCUAACGUCCUUCGCGUUGACAAAGAGGAGAAAUUGGCUGUGGUGGAGCCCAAUGUUCCCAUGGACAAGUUGGUCGAAUGCACCCUGCAGCAUGGCUUGAUACCUCCGGUGGUGAUGGAGUUCCCCGGAAUCACCGUGGGCGGAGGCUUCUCUGGAACUUCCGGGGAGAGCAGCUCCUUCAAACACGGGCUCUUCGAACAAACUAUCGUGGCGAUUGAGAUGGUUCUGGGUAAUGGAGAAGUCGUCCGUGCCUCGAGCACUCAGAACUCGGACCUCCUCUAUGGCGCCGCAUCAUCCUACGGAACAUUGGGUGUCAUCACGCUUCUCGAACUCAAGUUAAUUGAAGCGAGGAAAUACGUGGAACUCGAGUAUCGCCCCGUAGAUGGCUUGGAGACAAUGAUCCAAGCUUUCAAAACCGCUACGUCUAAUCCCUCAACCCAUUAUUUGGACGGCAUCCUUUUUGCAAAGGACCGUGGAGUCGUUUGCGUAGGACGGCUGUCGGAUGAUCCUGCAGACGGUUCACCCAUUCAGCAUUUCACCCGUGCUACAGAUCCUUGGUUCUACCUCCACGCAGAAAGAAUCAACAAACGACAGCGUAACCAGCCGGUCUCGGAAGCUAUUCCAAUCAACGACUAUCUCUUCCGCUACGAUCGUGGAGCAUUCUGGGGUGGCUACUUCGCCUUUCGAUACUUUAUAACCCCAUUUAACCGUGUUACCCGCUGGGCUUUGGACCGCUUUAUGCGUCCUCGAGUCAUGUAUCACGCCCUUCACAAGAGUGGGCUCGCGAUGCAAUCCAUCGUGCAAGACGUGGCUGUCCCUUACGAGAAUGCCCUAGACUUACUUGACUACUUAGACCAUGCUAUAGGUUGCUAUCCCCUCUGGUUGUGCCCUAUCUCUUUGGCAGACCAUCGCGGUCCCUGGUCCCUGAUGGCUCUAAGCCAGCAGCAGGGUUUGAAUCCCAGCAAGAUGCUGCUAAACUUUGGCGUUUGGUGUUCGGCCUCGCCAAAUCGAGAGAAAUUCGUGAAAUUAAACCGUGAUAUUGAGCACAAGGUUCAGGAGUUGAACGGAUUGAAGUGCUUAUAUGCACAUGCUUACUACACCGAAGAUGAAUUCUGGUCGAUAUACGAUCGGAAGUUGUAUGAUAAACUUCGAAGCAUAUACCACGCUGACCAUCUCCCGAGCAUUUAUGAUAAAGUAACCGUCAACUUCGCUGCAGAGCAGAGAGCCCUAGCAGAAUCGUGGGCCAUUUGGAUAAAGAGUUUAUUCUGGAGAAUUUGGCCGCUUCGUGGGGUGUACGGCGUUCUGCAUGUUAUCCUAGGACAUGGCUACAUGCUACAGCGAGGAAAUCAGAGAAGAGAUACUUGA